AGAUAGGUGCCUGCAGAGCUUCAGUAUUUGCCAAUUUAAAGGGUUGCCAUCAUUUUUUUUCCACUAAAAGCUCACAUUUUCACAUCUCCCUCAUAAAAUCCUUCACCAUAUUAGAAUGGCACCAUCAUUCACAGUUUCUGCAGUACUAAUGAUCAUCAUGGUUUUCAUGCCUUCACCUAUCCUUUCAUCAUAUUCACAAUCAGAUCCUAUUCCUGAACUUCCAACACUCCCCACUACUUCAUCAGCAACAAAAACAGAUCCUUCUCCAUCUUCAAUCUCUCCUUUCCAAAAUCUGUCACCAGAAAUUGCUCCACUUUUGCCUUCUCCUGGUGGUGCUUUGCCAACUCCUACAGGCUCUGACAUUCCCACUAUUCCUUCCAACCCAAGCCCUCCAAACCCUGAUGAUGUGAUUGCUCCAGGUCCCUUUUAUGCAUUUGCACCAUAUGGAUCAAUACAGGCUACUUCCAAUGGUCAUAGAAGUGUAGCUUUUGACAUAGCCACUGCUGCUUUUGCAGGUUUAGCAGCAUUAUUUUCUUUGCAGUAUAUGAGAGUAUGAGUGAAUGAUUUUAGAUGUUGCAUAUUCCACUUUCUUGUUUGUUAAUUUUUCAUUCUUACCUUGUAGUAUAUGAUGAUAUUAUAAUGAAACUCAGUUUCUUUCUCAAUUGGGUUGUGAGAAUACUUUCCCUGUCAUUAUCAA